AUGGAUAUGGAACUCCAGAACAGAAAGCAUGCCACAAACACCGCCUCAGCCACUCCUCUCGCCGAAGACUUUGACGAAACGGGUUGCACUAGAGAUGAGAGAGAUUUAAUCAGGCUUGGCAAAAAGCCUGUUUUGAAGCGCAACUUUGGCUUCAUGUCCAUUUUAGGUUUUUCAUGUACUGUCCUUAUUACCUGGGAGGGAAUGUUGAUAGUAUCUGUCCAGAGCCUUGCAAAUGGUGGUCCUGCCGGAGUCAUCUGGGGAUACAUCAUCGUAUGGAUGGGAACCAUGUCUACCUUCAUUGUUUUGUCGGAACUGGCUUCUAUGGCACCGAUAGCAGCAGGGCAAUACCAUUGGGUUACAAUGUUAGCUCCUGACAGAUCUAAACGAUUCUUAAGUUACAUCACGGGAUGGAUGACAUUCGCCGGAUGGCAAGCGGUUACCGCAUCUGCAGCAUAUCUUAUAGGGACGCUUUUGCAGAGUGUCAUACUGAUGACAAAAUCGGACUAUGUUCCAAAACCAUGGCAGUCGAUGCUCUUCUUGUGGGCGAUUCUCGCCUUUGCAGUUGUGAUCAACACGGUAGCAAGCAAGACUCUCGCGCACUUCGAAGGUGUGAUUCUGGUUCUACACAUCCUAGGGUUCUUCGCCGUUUUGAUUCCACUCGUGUAUCUCUCACCGCACGGCGAUACUUUCCUCUUUACUACCUUUGUAAAUGAAGGCGGGUGGUCCUCGCAAGGACUAUCAUUCAUGAUUGGCUUGCCAGCUUCUGUUUUCUCGCUUAUUGGUGCUGAUUCGGCCGUUCAUAUGUCGGAAGAGAUUAAAAAAGCAUCAAUUGUUGUACCCCGUGCAAUGCUCAGUGGUCUCAUUCUCAAUGGUAUUCUAGGCUUUGCGAUGAUGAUCGCAUAUCUCUUCUGCUUAGGGAAUCUCGAUGAUGUGUUGAACGCACAAGAAACAUUAGGGUACUCAUUUCUUUACGUUUUCCAAACAGGAACCGGUUCAACCGCGGGAGCUGCAGUGAUGGGCUUACUCGUCGUGGCACUCGGUGUCUGUAGCACAGUGGGUGCUCUCGCCUCAUCCUCUAGGAUGUUAUGGUCUUUUGCUAGAGACAGAGGUGUUCCGCUAUGGAGGAUUUGGGUAAAGCUUGACCGACGAACCUCAAUCCCCAUAUACACCAUUGCAUUUACCACUGUUGUUUCCGUGCUCCUUUCGCUUAUUAUCCUCGGCUCGGGUGUUGCAUUUAAUAAUAUCGUCAAUCUCAGUAUUGCCGGUCUCUAUUCCUCGUAUCUCAUCUGCUGCGGCCUGCUUCUUUGGCGGCGGCUACAGUCUCCUGGAAUCAAGGCGUACAACCCGCGUAUUCUAAGACUCGGUCCAGAUAACUUACAUUGGGGCCCAUGGCGCAUCCCGGGAAUAUUGGGUGUUCUCAACAAUGCGUUCGCCUGUGUGUAUCUUUUCGUGCUGUGGUUUUGGGCUUUCUGGCCCCCACAGACACCAGUUGUUCCAGCAACCAUGAACUUUAGUAUUCUCACAUUUGGUGCAACGGUUUUAUUUGCAGUUUUCUGGUAUCUGGUUGAUGGACGAAAGUCAUAUCAAGGACCAUUGAUAGAGAUUGAGCUGUAG